UGUGUGUGUGUGAUGUGUGUGUGGUGUGUAAUGUGUGUGUGUGUUACUAACAGUCUCUCUCUGCAGUGUGUUGGAGUGCCAGGGCCUGCCCAUCGUGAAUGUGUGUGUGUUGUGUGUAGUGUGUGUGGUGUGUGUGUGUGAUGUGUGUGUGGUGUGUGUGUGUGUGUGUGUGUGUGUGUGUGUGUGUGUUACUAACAGUCUCUCUCUGCAGUGUGUUGGAGUGCCAGGGCCUGCCCAUCGUGAAUGGACAGUGUGAUCCGUACGCUGCGGUAUCCCUGCUGGGCCCAUCCAGAUCAGAAGCUAAGAAGACCAAGGUGAAAAGGAAAACCAACAACCCCCAGUUUGAUGAGACUUUCUACUUUGAGGUGACACGACCUCUUAGUCACACCAAGAGACAGUUUGAUGUGGAGGAGGAGGGUGUUGACAAGCUGGCUCUGAGGGUUGACCUGUGGAAUGCCAGUAACCUGAAGUUUGGGGAUGAGUUCCUGGGAGGGGUCAGAGUUCCUCUGAGGGCCCUGGGACAGGCUGGGGUCCACGACGCAUGGUGAGACAUGUCUGUCUGUCUGC